GAACCGGAAACGUUCUCCGGUGUAUAAGACAGUUUUCGUGUGGGACCGGUGCCCCUUAAUUUCAAGUUUUUUGUUUUGAUUUUUGGAAUUGUGCUCGGAGUGGACAGUUCAGAGUGGUUCCAAAAUAUUUUGGUUCGGUGAGUGAGGUUUUUUUUGUGAAUUUUCAAGUGCGAGGAAGAGUUGAAGAAGAGUGGAUUGGAGGUCGUGAAAUGACGGUCACGACUAACUACUCCAUGAUGCGGCCAUGCUUCACGGGAUACUCGUUUCAAGAUCUGGGUUCAAUACCGGGCCAAGGUCGAGUAAACCAAUUGGGUGGUGUCUUCAUCAACGGAAGACCCCUUCCCAAUAAUAUUCGACUAAAAAUUGUGGAGAUGGCUGCCGCUGGCGUUCGACCCUGUGUGAUAUCUAGGCAACUGAGGGUCUCACACGGAUGUGUAUCAAAAAUUUUGAAUCGCUACCAGGAGACCGGAAGUAUUAGGCCGGGCGUGAUUGGAGGAAGUAAACCCCGAGUGGCGACACCUGAGAUUGAGGCAAGAAUUGAAGACUACAAGCGGGAAAAUCCAGGUGCGUUUUCCUGGGAAAUUAGGGACAGACUAAUCAAGGAGGAAAUUUGCGACCGGACUAGUGCUCCCAGUGUUUCCGCAAUUUCUCGACUUUUAAGGGGACGCGACACUGAUGAUGAAACAAAACUUGUAGAUGGGAAGACGAGUUCCGGAUCCGACUGCGAGAGUGAACCAGGUAUUCCUCUGAAGCGUAAGCAGCGCCGCAGCAGAACGACCUUCACCGCCCAUCAACUAGAUGAACUCGAAAGGGCCUUCGAAAGAACCCAGUAUCCGGACAUCUACACCAGGGAGGAAUUGGCCCAAAGAACAAAAUUAACUGAAGCCAGGAUUCAAGUUUGGUUCAGCAACAGGAGAGCAAGACUGAGGAAGCAAUUGUCCUCUACGAGUUCUGGUGGAUAUGGAUCGGUUGCCUACCCUGCGGCAUCUUACGUACUUCAUCCACCGGCUCCUCCACAUCCACAUGUUGGUGCCGCUGUUCCGCCGAGUCAUCCUCAUUCACAUCCCCACGGACAAACACUACCAGACACCGCCUUCUCCUCGAGUCCAGAACUCUAUUCAUCACAUCACACGAUGUCUUACCAGCUGACCCCAGACUCGAGUCGCCUCGCUUCAUCAGUCUGCUCUACGCCUACCUAUAGUCUUCCUCCUAUAGCGAGUUACCCAACCACUCCCCUACCUCCAACAUCAACCACCACAAGCCACAUGAGCCACCAACACUCUCCAGUUCACGUAGUUUCCUCGUCCUACCAACAAAACACGAGUCAUCAACUUCCUCCAACUCCCAACUCUCUUGUGACUCUGAUGGGACCCAAUUCGAAUUCCAAUCCUGCCUCUGAUCAGCUGACAUCCACUGAGCUUCCAAUCAGCUCCGUCUCUCCAGUUCGACAUCAGCAGCAACAACGGCAUCAAAGUCAAGGAAACUCUUCACCAUCUUGGAACUUGACAAUACCCAGUAGUGGAAACAGAAUUGGUGUUCCAAGUCCGCCACCUAAUCAUCAGCAGCAUCACAGUUCGCAUCCUCAUCAAGGCUUUGCAAGCCACUACACUCAGAGCUUCCAGCAGCCUCCGCGACCUGCACCUCAUCAGCCUUUUUAUAGUUGGUACUGAUGAUAUAUGUUAAUAUAUGAAGAAAAACAUAGAGGAAGGGGGAUAUCCUAAUUAGCCCUGAUUUUUAAAGCUCUAAGCACUUUCCCUAUUAACUAUCCAAUUAUUGCUAAAUUGAAUGCCUUAAUUAAUCCCAGUGCUGUGCAAGUGUCCUUCCUAUUUGAUCCCCUCCACUGAAGAGACCACGCCUCUGCUCCCGUUUUGGAGCAAACUCCGCCCCCUUUCUCAUUCCGUACUAAACUCCGCCCACUUAAAAAAAAACUCGAAUUAUAUCGUUUAUAUUCUCUUCUACCUGCUUUUGAAAAGUGAUAAAGAUAAGAUUUUUGAAAUCGCUAUCGAUGACAGUAUGUCUGGUAAACUUGAGUUGACAUAAAAUCGAGUCAAAUAUACUUUUUAAAAUAUUUUACGCAUUGGAGAGUUGCUUUCCACUGUUGGGACGCAACAUUGAUCUGAUCUUUAAGAUUUAUUUUAGAAAGAAAAGUAGAUGUACAGAAUUUUCAGGUAAUAAAUUAUAAAAUUGACACGAAAUAUAUAAAUAUGUAUAAAAUGUUAGUCCGAAAAAUUGCAGAAUGCAACUGUGUAUAUAAAAUUUAUCUGAGGUCAUUCUUCUUCGAUAAUCAAGUAUGUUUGAUCUUAGGUAAUUUGUAAAUAAUUCUCGUAGGUCGUAGGUUUUGUUUUUUCUUACUACAGGUCGACCAAAAAGUUAAGUUAAU